CCAUCACCACACCCUGCGCUCAACUUAUGAUGCACUUCAUGGGUAGCCUACUUUUGCCCUACAUUGCUACUGGGGCUCCACUGCAGGGUUUACUUCAGCACAGAGUUAAUAUUGGACUAAACUGCUGCUGAACGGAGUCCUCAUGGUGAACGAGAUGGAAGAGCGCGGGGUCGAAGGAGAACUGCUUCUGAGGUGUGCUGGUGUCAAGGAACAAGACAACGGAGAGCUGGCAGACUCAGAGCUGUCCGUGAUUGAGAUGAAACAGAGGGACCGAGAAGAGCGAGAGUCUCUGGUGAUGUGGAAGAAUCCUCUGCUCACUCUUUAUUACUUCACCCUGGAGCUGCUCAUCACCCUUAAAGAGUGGAUACAGAGGCUCUGGCAGCAAAGACAGACUGUGUUUGGCCUGCUGAUCCUGCUUAUCCUCCUCUCCAUUGCCUACUGUAUUGAAGGAACACACCAGAAGUAUGUGCACUACAUGGAGAAAAAGACGCUGUGGUGCUCCUACUGGGUCGGCCUGGGCAUCCUCUCCUCGGUGGGUCUUGGCACUGGCCUGCACACCUUCCUCCUCUACCUGGGACCACACAUAGCAUCAGUGACCUUGGCGGCCUAUGAAUGUGGCUCUGUGGAUUUCCCCGAGCCGCCCUAUCCGGACCAAAUAGUCUGUCCCCAGCAGGAAGUGCAGGCUCCAGGCUCUGAUGCUGAACGUGUGGGCGUGGAGGCAGCAGGGAUGGACGGGCUGGUGGGGCCAGCAGCCAUCCAAGAUAGCAUCUCUCUCUGGACCAUCAUCUCCAAAGUACAGCUGGAGGCGUGUAUGUGGGGUGCAGGUACAGCUAUAGGAGAGCUUCCUCCAUACUUCAUGGCUCGGGCGGCGCGUCUGUCCGGUGCCGACCCGGAUGACGAGGACUACCAGAAGUUUGAGGAGAUGCUGGAUGAGACCAAUGCUGCUCAGGGCUUUCACCACCACUCGGAUGUUCUCAGGGUUCCCUACGUUGCUUCAGGAGAUUCCGCAGCACGUCAUUGCUUUUUUCACUUUUCCACUUUUUACUUUUGAGGCACAUUUGGAAGGUGGAAAAAGAAGAAGUCAUCACUUCUGGAUUUCUAAUUGCUAAUUGCUAAUCAGUGGUUGUAGGCCAAAGUGGAGACAGACUCCGCUGAACUUGGACGUGGGGAACUUUUGGCGACAUUUGAUCGUUGUGUAUUUGAUAGGAAGUGGUUAAGUUAGGAUGUGACACCCCUCAGCACACACACACAUGCUUAAAUGUCUCCCACACACACCCUGUGGCAGCAGCUGGAUUAAGAUGCUGACUUCGUCCCCUGCGCUCUAGUCACAGAGAGGACUGUAGGUGCCAGCAGAUUGACAUAAACCCAGUGGUAUUUCUCCAAACCAGCACGUGCCAACUUCCUGCCACAAGUGCACGUGAUGCACAGCAGCAGCCCGGCACUCUGGGUUUUUUUUCUCAUUCAUUCAACAGAGCUAUUCAAGAAUAAUGAAGUCAUGCUUUUUCUAACGGCUCCAGACGCUGAUGUCAUGAACAUCAGCUUCUUUUUUUCCCCUCUUAAAUCUUUAGCUCAGAGCGCUCGUGUGCAGGAGAGGAAUCCUCGGACCGCCUCGGAGGAUCCUUCCUUCAAGGAUCCACUUCACGACUGCUUGUAACCUGAUAAUGAAGUUAUUUCCUGCCUUGUGUGUAUUUUUUUUCAUCCGGCACAGAAGGGGUUAACAGGCUGUGAAUUCUUGAUUGCCAACUCCCAGGAUCGUAUCUCCUGUAACUCAAAUCAGGGCCAUCUGUGCUGGGCGUAUGCCUGCCUUUCCCCCCUGGCCUACUGCACUCAAAGGCUCUCUGUGGUUUGCCCGGCCCCGUCACGUGACUUCUCUGAAAGUGCCCCCUCCUUCCUCCUCCCUCUUUAUUUCCAGUAAACUGUUUGAAAGGAGGGGGGUGAGUCAGAGUAAAACCAGCUUCCCUUUAACCACAGCUUGUUAAGAAUUUGUCAACGUGGACUCAGGGGUGCAUUUUAUAUAAAUAUAUAUAUAUAUAUAUAUAUAUAUGUGUGUGUGUGUGUUUGAAAAACUAAGUGUGUCCAUAUAGAUAUCAACGUACACAUCUUCUUUUUAUUCCUUCUUGAACGGGGUCCGUAGCUUUCUAUUGCGUCAGGAGUCCUUAAUCACUCCACUUCCUCUGCCGGAGCGAGCAGGCGCGGGCUUGUUGGAGUUAAUGAGAUGAACUUUAGCCGUCAUCGUGUCGGGGGGCUCGCGGCUGCUCCGGAGAUGUGUGUCUUCUGUUUGAAAGACUUUCAUUGAGAAAAAAAAAAAAAACGAAAACACAGAGAGCGGGAGAGAAAAAAAUGUGUGUGGGUGUUGACUUGUGUAUAGGCUAUGCAUAGAUUUUUCCUUGUCUGACACUUCGAUUUUCCACAUGGAGCAGAGUACCUUGUUGCUGCCUGCUUUUUGUUCCGUUUGAACUCCGUACCCCAGCAGCACGACCGAACACUACAGCUUUGCAAACUUCUUUUUUAAAAAGAGAAAACCCUCUUUGUUUGGUGGGGAAAUCCUUCCUUCAUCAUUAACAUAAAGAGACUUCAUAUCGUACAGUGAUGCACCAGAAAAAGAGGCAAACAUCACUUCCAGAGUUGUUGGAAAAGCUGAACAUAUGCGAAACUAAAAACAGAUGCUGUUCAAAAAAACUGCUGCUAGAAAAAGUAAAGGGAUAAAUUCCCUCUCAUCACCUUGAAUUUGCAAACACAGUUACAAGCUGUCAUGCCAAAUGUAGAAUUCUGAUUCGUCCUCUUAAAUUUGAGGUAAGGAGACGUUCUUGAGUCAGACCUUAAUCAUAAUUUUAUUUCAUAUUCAUUAAAUCAUUGAGAAGAAUCGUCUUUAUCUUGUGCCAAAUGUCCCAUUAUUCCUUAUUUAUCACAUUAAUUACGGUAUUUAAAAUAUUCUAAAAGCUCCAAGAAGUGACGUUGUUUCUUAAAGGUGCUCACGUUCGUUAAACACAUGGAGAGUUAAUGCUGUAAAGAAAAAAAAACACCCUGUUAAAGUGUGGUUUGUGAGGAGCACUUAUGAUGUUCUUAUAAAAACCUAUAAACAGCAGAUCAAAUGUGAUGAUUGUUUCCCACAGAGGUCAACUCCAUGUGGGGUGGCUGUGCAGACUGCUGAGUCAAGCAUCUGUGCCGAACAUCCAAACCUGGAACCAAAAAAAAAAAACCUCCAUGGCUUUAAUGACGCUGCACACCCUCGACAAGAUCUUACCAAAUGUAAUUGCUGCUAAGCCCAGCCCUGCAGGUCGGCUGUGACGGGGGCUGAGGAGGAGGGAGGAGGAGGAGAAGGAGGAGGAGGUGGGGGGGGGCCGGCAGGCAGCCUUUGGCAAGCUGCCUGGCAAAGAUGGUGAUUUUCCAUAAGCCGCCAACAACAGAGUCUGGAUGUCUGAACCCCAGACAUCCAAGAUAGACGCUUCCCGGGUCCAGAAAUGCAGAACAGAGAGAGAGUCAAAGUAGAGAGUUCAACUAUAGUAAAUCACAGUGUCACAAGUUCACACACACACACACACACACACACACACACACACACACACACACACACACACACACCCUCCUACAUCCUCCCCUCACCUCCUCUGGGACCCUUUGUUCAUGCUGCAGUGAUAGUUUAAUGCACGCUCUUGCUGCAUGAGUUAAAAAGCAUAACUACAGCACGUCCAAUGUAAACAAUACAUGUGUCAUGACGUAAUAAAACAAAUGGGAUUCACAAGCCGUCUCCAUGGCAAUGAUUGGUUCUGCAGGGUUCUGUGUGUGCUGCAGCACCCGCAGUCGUCAGGUGUCCCUGGACCAGAUACAGUCCUCCGCGGUUCAGCUGUAAACCAACCAUACACAUUCCUUCUCUCCCUGUCUCCCACCAGCUGAGCAACGCGCACACUUACACACACACGCGCACACACAUGGGGACAGGCUAGAAUUAAAACUACAGGCUCGUCCAAGGAUAAGCCGUCCUGAUUGGACAUCAGUGGAAGCAGAAAUUCAAAUGGUGAACCAAUCAGAUUGUGUGUCCCUUCGCUCCCCCCACCAGCACCUUAUUAGGCGACCUCCCAUGUCUCUCAAAUUUCCUGACCGCUUGGUUGCACCCCGUAAAGAAUGUCAUCAGCACUGUACUGCUUUUGUUGACCAUAUUAGGUAUGAUCAUGUUCAGCCAGCCCCCUCUGGAGCCUCUUUUUUUUAUUUUAAAUUUACAUGAUGCUUCAGAAACGGAGGCCUUAGUUUCUACCAGGAAACAAUUUCUUCUUGCAUGAGCACAUGAAACAUAAUUUAUUUCGUUUGUUUUUUUAUGAUUUUAAUACAUUUUAAAUAUUAAAAGACGAAAAAAAGCUUUAAAAUCCAUUCAUCGGCUCAUUUUUAUUACAGUUAUUAAAUUGAAAAUGAUAAAACUAAGACAAACUCUUUGAGGGAAUCACUCAGAAAUCUUUGGCAAUAAAAUAAAAUAAAAACAUGAAUAUUUGCUUCAGGAAAACUGAACAGCUUCACAGUUUUAUCUUAUUGUGUUCACACUUGUGUGUGUGUGUGUGUGUGUGUGUGUGUGUGUGUGUGUGUGUGUGUGUGUGUGUGUGUGUGUGUGUGUGUCAGCAUUCAGUGUGAAAGAGUCACUUUUCUUCACAAAGGAAGUUUUGUCACUUUGAAACUAAAGCAUCCGCACUCUUCUUAUCAACUUGGGUCACAUUUAUUUAUAAAGCACAUAAAAAAAAAAAACAGCAGCAGAUCAGAGAGCUGGACAAACAAAAAACAUGACAUCACAACAUGUUUAAGAAUGAAGAAAAGCUGAUAUCAAGAACUUUAACAGAUGUUAUGUUCAUGUAAGCUUUGAAUGACAAACAUCUCAAAUAUAAAUAUAAAUAUAUGAAAUAAACUCCAUGGAGAGGGCCGACCUUCUCCUGAAGGUUAAAACUCGACCCUUAAUUAAAAGUCUGGAAGAAAUGUACGGACUGAAACCUGCUGUUCUCCUCAUUUUACCUUUAAUCGCAUUGUUCUUGUUUGAAUCUGAAAUCCUCAACAAAGAUAAAAAUUAAAUAAUCUCAAAUAACUUAGAAAUCAAAUAAUAUAAGAAAAAACUCAUAAACAUAAACAUACCCCCUCCCCCAAAAUCAGUCCACCUUUACCUGCACAGUGUUAAACCUUCUGCCUUAUUCUCAAACUAUAUUAAGUUUUAUUAUUUCAAAAAUACAAACCAUGUUGACUGUGAAGCUGUCGAGGACUCACUCUCUGGUUUCUUGAAUGUUGUCUUUGUUUGUCUUCAUGUUUUUGUUUUUUGUUCUUGUGAAGCCGAAGAUAAUUUUGCACAUUGUGAACAAAUAAAGUUCUUAUUUUUUCAA